CGAGUUCCCAGCGCCACGCUUCGCGAAAUUCCGAAAUGGACGGCCCCAACCUGAGCUCGACAGCGCAGCGGGCCCAAGCACACUUCGCGUAAUGUUCAUGUGUCAUGGAUGCAUGCGUGUGUAUAGGAAGAGCGAGGGAGACGCUUCUUUUCCAUGGACAUGCACCCGAGACAGGAAUGGGGUCUGAGCAACCUGUGCUGCUUUUAGGGCUGGCAAAUACCUCGACGUUGUGGAACUGUUGACGCAGCUGAGCUCGUGGGAAGAUCGAGGCAGGUCGUCUCAUGACGACAAGAAAGGAAAGGACAAGAACAGUAGCGGCGGCAACGGCGGGCCGAUGAAGACACGGGUGCAGCACAACCUAGCGCUGUCGCAACUGUUGGCGGGGAAGACCAAAUUCAGCGACUUUGAAAGCGCCGUGCUGCAUUUGCUGUCGGAGAUGCAGGUGUCGGUGUCCCAGAUGCAGCAGCAAUCGUCCGACCAGUCGAGUGUGUUGGGGAUGAAGACGCGCAAGGACAACAAGUACUGGGAAGACGACCAGCUCCUCGAGUUCGACGGACAGGCCAACCGACCCCACGGCAGCUCCAUCUUCAGCGGCGUCAACUUGUCGUUCCAGACGCUGGCCAUGGAGCGCGACGCGUCGCUCCUGCGCUACAACUUGGCGGUGGUGUACUUUCGUCAGAAAAAGUACGCAGCGGCCGCCUCCCUCUUGGACGUGUUGUUGCGCGCGAUCGAGCCCAUGGACGAAAACGUGGCGAUGCACAUUUGCUUCCUCUACCUGGACGUGAUCUUGCACAGCAGUCGAAGCAGUUCCGUCACGGAAGCGGCGGCGCCGUCGUCGGCGCUGCGCCAAAAGGCCGACGCGCUGGUAUCGUAUCUGGAGAGCCCGCACAUGUUCAACGGCCUCGUGCCGCUGCCCGUAUCUGACAAGAAACCCACCAAGGCGUCCGUGGCGGCGGCGACGGCACACGACGCGCACGUGGUCGAGUUCAAGUUCCGCCUGCAUCUGUACAAGUCCAAGCUUGCGUUGUUGCAUGACAAUCUGAAGGGCGCUAAGAAGGACGUGAAGACUGCCAUGGAGAUCUUCCAGCGCGACAUCAAACCGGUCAAGGGCGACGGCGUGGCGGGGGUGUUGGCGCCGAUUGUCGGCGGCAUCGGGUCCAUCUACGUCCCGCCGAGCACCGCCUUCCAGAACUCGUCGGCGUUGUUCUUGAAGGCGCAACUGGAGUACCUUCGCCGGAAUUUUAAAAAAUGCAUCAAGCUGGUCGCGUCGUGCAAACAACAAGCGGUCGACGAGUCGCUGUUCCUCAACAAUUUGGGAUGCGUCCAUUCGCAGCUGGGGCACCACCAAGCCGCGCAAUCGUACUUUGCCAAGGCACUCGAAGCCACGUCAUCGUCGUCAUCCCGGUCGAAAGCGGCCGCUUCGAAAGCGACCACCGCCGCAGACAACACUGCCCACCCAUUGGCAAGUUCGGCCCAGGCAGAGAUCUUGUACAACAAUGGCCUGCAGCUGCUCGUGCUCAAAAAGUACGCGCUGGCGUUUCGGUGCUUGCAUGCUGCGUCCAAGCUCAUGUUCAAUCGCCCCAAGCUGUGGCUUCGGCUGGGCGAGUGCUGCACAGCGUCGUAUGCGGCCCAGCGGGAAACCCUGCCCUCUGAAUACAAGAACAGCCUCGUGAGCUCCGUCGUAGGGCACGGCGCCCACCGCCGCGUGGUGCUGCCGACUCGUCCCCCCACAGAGGACGUGGCGGCGACCUCGGCGGUGGACAACAUGGCGUCUCUAACGUCCGACGUGCCGACGUUGAGCCUCCCGUUUGCGGUCAAGUGUUUUCGCAACGCGUUGCUUUUGAGCCAGCAAGUGCUGGAAACCACAUCCAAACCGCGAGAGGACACUGCCGAGUUGACGCCCGACAGCAGCGGCGUGUCGCUGGAAGAUUCGCUAGAGUUGUUGCGGCAAAAGGCCUUGGUGAACCUCGCGUACGCAUACUUGAGCAUGAACGCGCCGGAACUGGCCAUCCACACGGCCAAGGAGCUGCUCUCGAUGCCGACGUGCACCCCUGCCCACCGGUUUCUGGUGCGGUCGUAUUAUGCCGAAGCGCUGUGUCUGCUGUCGCGGUCGGCGGAAGCAUCGGUGCAUUUGAAACUGAACGACAUGUUGAGUUUGGCAGACGCGUAUGCGCGGGAAGCCAAGGCGGACACGGCCGCUGUGCACGCGAAUUUGCACGUGAACAACGCCACCGUCGCCAUCUUGCAGGUACCAUUCGUGUGAUGUUGUCUCUAUGGGAAUCGUUUGUCUAUAUGGGAAAGGAUGAUUUAACACAAAUUGGACAGAAAAACAUGCCCCAGGCCGAACAAAGCGUGGCCCAAGCAGUCCGACUGGCGCCGACAUCGCGUCACUCGCUCGAGCUGUUGGUGUACAUCUUGCUGAGGAAAGGACAUUCGAACAAGGCGAUGCAGAUCCUCAAGGAAGCCCGCGUCGUCACGUAGAGAUAAUGGCAACAUGAGUAGGCGUCAACGAACGGUGUUG